AUGGAUGCCAUAUUCGGAACCAACAGUGGCGGGAUGGACCUUUUCGCCGUCCUAGCUAAACUUGAAGGUACCGGAAUUCCAUUAGGUUACUGCCUUGUUGAGCUUCUCAAGGCUCCUCAGGCAAACUCGGUACAGACGAAACCACGCCGUACAGAUCCGGGAGCCAUGACACACGUUAUUCAACAGUUCCUGGAACGAUUAGAAAAUAAUAUCAGUAGCAGGUGCAGACUGGAUGCCGAAUCGCGAAGGCAGGUGUUUUCGUUGUGCCUCUUACAACUACCGGGAUCUACUCUUCUGUAUGGCAAUGACGCAGGAGGUCGUCUUGAAUACCUAGAGAAACGUGUAAGACAGCUCGAGCAAGAGAAACGCGACCUUGUUUCGAGAAAUAGCUCCGGCCAUCCCUUCGCAACUCUUUCGGACAAUCACCGAAUAUCAUCACAAGCUCAGACAUUCAGCAGUCCUCCAUCUACCACACGAGCCUCUAGUAUCAAUACUCAGUACCAGCAGCAGGAUAUAAAGUCAAUUGAUGACGGCAAGUUACGCAACACUAAUACUGCAUCUACUUAUAAUGAAUCCCUCUCUCACGACUCUGAUCGCAUCACUAAAGAUCAGCCACUUGCCCAUGAAGUUGGUUUAUUCUCUCUCGCCAACGUUGUCAGUGUCCCAAAGUACCUGGGCCCUUCCUCCGGAGUCGCAUUUGUGCGACUGAUUUAUGCCAGUGCUCCACAGACGCAAGGGCUACCAAGCCGUGUUUGCUUACAAGGUGACACAGGCAACCGCACAGCUCAGCGGGAUAUCGCUCAACCUGUAGGCUUGCCAUCCUCUGCGGCCUGUCAACAAUUCGCCGACUCUUACUUUUCCACUCUUGGGCAAUUGUAUCCUUUUAUCCUAGAAGACGAGUUCGAUGAACUCCUUGGUGCAGGACAGAAAUCUUCUGGAAAUCAAAACUAA